UAUCGCACAUUUCUCGUCGCUAUGGUGGAAGCGGCUGGAUGUGGCGAACUGCAGCAGUUGGUUCAAGAGGAGGAAUCCGAGGAGCCGCACAGCCACGGAGGAGAAGCCACUCCCCCGUCGACGCCAGCGAGAUCUCAACGUCCGAGCAAAGCUGAAGUUCACAAUUCCAACAUAUCGCAACAAAUAUUGUGGGAAAAUAACACGCAGACAUCGCCGAUUGUUAGUAAAGGAAGCUCCGGUCAAGGGACGAGUCAGGGCUCCAUGGUGUCCAGUCGAGCUGCCAACGCUUCCAAUUACACCGGCAAUCAGUCUCGACUGACGUAUCUUAAUGAGAAGGAUAAGCAGAGGCCUAUUCGGCCGGACCCGCCGAGAAUUGUAAGACAGCACAAAGCCGUGGUGCCAUGCAAACACCAUUGCUUUCUGUCAGAGGUUCCUGACGUUCGCCACAUGGAGCAAGCCUUGCUGCAACUGCUGGAAGAUUUUCACAGUGGCAAUUUACGAGCAUUUGGAAAAGAUUGUAGUAUGGAGCAGAUGACGGAAAUACGAGAGCAGCAAGAGCGUUUGGCCAGACUGCACUUCGAGCUGGGCCAACGGCAAGAAGUGAGCGGCGAGCAGUCAGGUCUCCGACAAUCGAGCGCGAAUAUGCGGCAUUUGCUUCAUCGUCUUCAACAGCUGAGUAGAUUUGGGAGGAUGAAAUCGGCAAGGUUAUCGCAACCGCAACGCACGAUUACAGCUCACGAUACUUUAGAACGAUUGAGCUAUGCAAAACGUCCUGCAUUCAAUGCACUGUGGCAGCCGAGGGAUAUGAUUAGUAUCAAUGUAAAAGCGUCAGAGAAAAGACGUAUUCUUGGAGACAAAUAUCUGGAGAGCACGAUCAAAGAACGGCCAAGACGGUACAUGGUGCCGAGUGUAAGUUUAGAUGACGUACAAGAUAAAAGUAAAAGAAAACUGAUGAUCGACUUUAUAUAUAAAACAACGAUGAAUCAAGCGACGAAAGAAGUUUGGGGCGACUUUAAAGCACAAUAUUCUUGCUUACCGAAGAGACACGUGGAGGAGCAAGAAAAACCCGUAACUGAUCGACAAAUAUCUCGUUUGCCAGUGAGAUUUCAAGGAACUGCUAAGAAAUGGGAUAGCAUGCAAAGUCGUUCUUUUCUCAUAGAUACUUGCUACAAUAAAAAAAGUAAAAGUCGAGAAGAAACAGCCACGUGUGUAAAAGAAACGUACUUAUGUGAGUCAGAGAAACAUACGGGCAAAGAGAUAUCAGAAAAAGAGUGCACUAUAAGAAAAUUAAUAAAUGACAAUAAAUUAAGUGUCAUUUAUGACAAGUUGCCUUCAUCGUAUACAGGAUAUAGACCGUACAUUGCGUGUGGAGUGCCGACAGAGAAGAAAUAAAUCUAUUGGUCGAUUAAAACUAAAA